AUGAAGGCCGGGAUAUGGAUCAAUCAGCCCGGGCAGUCGGCCGCCACUUUUUGCACGAUACGGCUGUCAGCAAUGGGAGGAAUGGAUGGGCGGGGCCAACCUGAGAAUAAAAAUAGACGUAAGGAGGCGUGGUCCAGAUGGAUUUUGGAAAUUCGUGAGGUUCUUCGAUACUGUGAAUCACUCCAUGGCCGAUGGAACCUACAAGAAAUCCGUGCUGUCUUUCUGCGACGCCACCUCCUUCAAAAUACCGCUCUCGAGCUGUUCCUUUCGACUAGAACGGCGAUCAUGUUUGCUUUCCCUGACCAAGAAACCGUGAAAAAAGUCGUCUACCAAUUGCCACGAGUCGGCGUCGGCGUCAAGUACGGUCUGCCACAAAGUCGUAAAACGUCUUUGAUGACACCAAGACAACUCUUCAAGCACUCCGAUAUGUGCCAAAAAUGGCAAAAGCGCGAAAUCUCGAACUUUGACUACUUAAUGUUCCUGAAUACGGUAGCCGGUCGGACCUUCAAUGAUCUGAACCAGUAUCCUGUGUUCCCAUGGAUUCUUACCAACUAUACCUCGGAUACCCUGGAUCUGAACCAAGCCAGCAACUUCAGGGAUUUGAGCAAGCCGAUCGGAUCGUUGACGGAAACGCGACGCAAAUUCUUCCAAGACCGUUACGCGAGCUGGGAAGAUGAAACGAUUCCACCAUUCCAUUAUGGUACCCACUACUCCACUCAGGCAUUCACCCUCAAUUGGCUUUAUCGUGUGGAACCCUUCGCAUCGAUGUUUAUCCAUAUGCAAGGCGGGAAAUUCGACCACCCAGACCGUAUGUUCCACUCCAUUGCCGAAACUUGGGAACGCUGUCAGAGAGACAGUCACGACGUUAAGGAGUUGAUUCCGGAACUCUUUUACCUACCUGAAAUGUUCCGAAAUUCGAAUGACUUCCCGCUGGGUACCCGAGCUGAUUCUGUAAAAUUGGAUGAUGCCAUGCUGCCUCCGUGGUCUCGAAACGCAGAACAUUUUGUCUUGGUCCAUCGACAAGCCCUGGAAAGUGACUUGGUUAGCUGCCAUCUCAAUCAAUGGAUCGAUCUGAUUUUCGGUUACAAGCAGCGAGGUCCUGAAGCGGUUCGUGCCACCAACGUCUUCUACUAUCUUACGUAUGAGGGAGCCGUGAACCUGAAUUCUAUCGAAAAUUCCGUUCAAGCUGAAGCCCUGCGGCAGCAGAUACAAAGUUUCGGACAGACUCCCGUACAAUUAUUGGCUGAAGCUCAUCCACCACGGCAUUCUGUGAUGACGAUGACACCAAUGAUGUUCCGACGCUGCGAGGACGACCUAUGCAUGUUGAUGAAGUUCAUCUCAAAUUCGCCGGUCGUCUAUUUGGCUGCAAACACCUGGUCACAACUUCCACAGCCCCUCGUUCUCUCUAUUGCCAACAACCUAGUCUUUUCCUUGAAUCGAUGGGACAACGGAUAUACAUAUUCGACCAACCGUCCGUCAGCCUUGGCGAUGAACGACAAACAGGGCGAGUCUGACUCAAAUGUGGUGGAAUUGCCAUUGACUGUCGAUCCUCUACUUGCCUCUGGAAAUCCGUCACAGCCGCCGCCACGUCGCCAUCUAGGUGACUCGUUCGAUCAACGGAUGAAAAUCAAGUGGAAUAAUUUUGUCUCGACGACCGACACGAGGUUCAUAAUUGCUUGUGGAUAUCCGGACUACUCAUUCCGUGUCAUUGAUUCUGAUUCAGCACGCGUCCGACAAGUUGUCUACGGCCAUGGUGAUGUGGUAACAUGCGUGGCUCGAUCCGAGACGUCGUUAUUCGCUGACUGCUAUGUCGCUACCGGAAGUCUCGACUGUACGGUUGCAUUAUGGCAUUGGAAUGGACAGGCCGGAGUGAUCGCUGGAGAAUACAAUCUGCCGGGCGAAACUCCAUCGCCACGAGCCAUUCUCACUGGACAUGAUGCAAAAAUCACCGCGCUCGCCGUUUCAGCCGAACAUGGAAUGGUGCUCUCAGGAUGUGAAGACGGUACCGUCUUAAUGCACACCACUUCUGGCGACCUGCUGCGCAGGGUUGAAGGACCGUGCAAGGUGUCUCUUCUACUGAUGAGCCGCGAAUGUGUCGUUUUCGUGCUUUUCGGAACUUCGAUGAUCCGAACCUUCUCAACAACAGCACGACCCCUUGACCAAGAAGACAUCAACGAACGUCUAGAAUGUGCCUGUCUUACGCGGGAUGGCGAAUAUGUGGUGGCUGGAUCGGAUAGCGGCCGAGUCCAUAUUUGGAGACUCUUUCCACUCGAGCAGCUAUACACAUUCCAGCAAACGGACAGCCCCGUACGUUGCGUAGCCGUCUCGGCAUCGCAUCGUUUCGUCCUUGGUGGACUUGAUUCCGGCGCUAUUGUUGUUUUCAAUGUCGACUUCAACAAAUGGCACUAUGAAUACCGACAUCGAUAUGCUGACUCCAAGCGC